CUAACGCACUUGUGAUUCCUGUUUCUUCCAGUUCUUCCUUUGUUCCGUCUAUGUUCCGAUGUGCACAGAGAAGAUUAACAUCCCUAUAGGUCCCUGCGGUGGCAUGUGCCUCUCUGUCAAAAGAAGAUGCGAACCCGUUUUAAAAGAAUUUGGAUUUGCCUGGCCAGACAGCCUAAACUGCAGCAAAUUCCCACCCCAGAAUGAUCACAACCACAUGUGCAUGGAGGGCCCAGGAGACGAAGAGGUGCCCCUUCAUAGCAAGACCUCCCUGCAGCCUGGAGAGGAGUGCCACAGCAUGGGAUCUAACUCGGAUCAGUACAUCUGGGUGAAGAGAAGCUUGAACUGUGUCCUGAAGUGUGGCUACGACGCUGGUCUCUACAGCAGGUCGGCUAAGGAAUUCACAGAUAUCUGGAUGGCUGUGUGGGCCAGUCUUUGCUUCAUCUCAACUGCCUUCACAGUUCUGACCUUCCUGAUUGAUUCAUCCAGAUUUUCCUACCCGGAGCGCCCAAUCAUAUUUUUGAGCAUGUGCUACAAUAUUUAUAGCAUUGCUUAUAUUGUGAGGCUAACUGUGGGCCGGGAAAGGAUAUCCUGUGAUUUUGAAGAGGCAGCAGAACCUGUUCUUAUCCAAGAAGGUCUUAAGAACACAGGAUGUGCUAUAAUUUUCUUGCUGAUGUAUUUUUUCGGGAUGGCUAGCUCCAUCUGGUGGGUUAUUCUGACAUUGACGUGGUUUCUGGCUGCCGGACUCAAGUGGGGCCAUGAAGCUAUAGAAAUGCACAGCUCUUAUUUCCAUAUUGCAGCCUGGGCUAUCCCCGCAGUGAAGACCAUAGUCAUUUUGAUUAUGAGACUAGUAGAUGCAGACGAGCUCACCGGUCUGUGCUAUGUUGGGAACCAGAACCUAGAUGCGUUGACGGGCUUUGUCGUCGCUCCACUUUUCACCUACCUGGUCAUUGGGACUUUAUUCAUUGCAGCAGGACUUGUGGCCUUAUUUAAAAUCAGGUCUAAUCUCCAGAAAGAUGGAACUAAAACUGACAAACUGGAAAGACUGAUGGUCAAAAUCGGUGUCUUUUCAGUGCUGUACACCGUCCCAGCAACGUGUGUCAUUGCCUGUUAUUUCUACGAAAUCUCCAACUGGGCCAUUUUCCGCUAUUCAGCAGACGAUUCCAAUAUGGCAGUGGAGAUGCUCAAAAUCUUCAUGUCCCUCCUGGUGGGUAUUACAUCAGGUAUGUGGAUCUGGUCGGCCAAAACUCUGCACACGUGGCAGAAGUGCUCGAACAGACUGGUGAACUCAGGGAAAGUGAAACGGGAGAAGAGAGCAGAUGGUUGGGUGAAACCUGGGAAAGGGAAUGAGACCGUGGUAUGAGAAAAGGAUGACAUCCCGAUGGUCUGACUGAUCUCCCAUUAAAGACUGGCUGUGUGUAAGCAUUGCCAUGUAAAUGUUGGGAGCAGAGUUAGGGAGACGGUUACACAACCUGUCUCUGGAGGAUGGAAAAAAAAAAAAAGCCUUAAAGAAUAAACAGCAAAAAGAUCAUGCUGCAGAUACAAUAGCCAUAAACCAUGCUGCCCAAAAUAAGAAAGCCAAGGGAGGCUUUAAAAGCUGUGAAAUAUCCAAACACGUUAUCUUCCUUUUUGUUGUUUUUUCUGUUUUAAAGCAGGAUGCAAUAUACUGAAGUCUUUAGAAGCUGAGGGAUUGUAGCCCACAGCUGUGGGAUGUUGUUUUCUUUUCAUGGUCUUAUAGCUGAUGGAGGAAAGGCAAUCUGGGGCCAAAUUAUGGGCUGAUUGAGGGUCCAGUUAUCAGAAGAUGGAGCACCCAGGACCUCAGUUAGAUGUCUUCUUUCCAAGUUCGGCACCGUGAAGGAAGCGUUUGCUGAGGGUUGUGUCUUUAUGCCCUGGGGUAUUCUGUUGCUCCCAUGUGCUGCACAAGUCAGCCAAGGACCAGGUCCUCCAACAGAUACCAAGUGGACUUUCCAGGUCUGAGAGUUAUCAAUGAUGAGCAGCAUUUAGUGAGGUAUUAGUGAGGAUGAUUCUUUAAGUCAUCUGAUGGUCUAAUAAUAAUUUCGACUCAUUCUUCCUACCAUCUGUAACCUGGUCUGAAUUGAGAGUUGGCUCUGCCUUGCAGGAAUUUGGACCUCUCUAGGUCCCUUCCCACCUGAAUUAUUCUGUGGUUCUGUCAAUAUUUGUGAUUUUUUAAAAGCUUUGCUCAAGGCCAUUGUCAAAAGUAGAGGAGUCAGUGGGAGCUGGGAAUCUCUGUCUGGACUGCAUUAAUUACCAUUAUCCGUCUGCCUCCAUUCCUGUACCUUCAGGUGCUCCUGCUAUUUCCAGUGGACUGCUUUAUUCUGCUGUGUUUAAUAGCUUUAAAUAAAGUCUUACUUUAUGGUGUUCCUUUCUCCAGGAAAGAGAAAAAUGAGUUGAGGGUCUCUUCAAACAAUGCCAGUUUUCUCCUAGUAAACAUCUGGCUCUCUCUGGAGACCCAUCACAUGAAGCAAUUAAGUCUUAAUAUAUUUCAUUCAGUGUGAUGGUAUCUCUGCAGACGCCAGUCUGGGGAGAAGCGAAAUGUUAAGUUCCUUGGCAACCUCAUGUUCACACAGAUCAGUUGUAUAAUUAUGUGUGUCAGUUACAAUUAAAAGAACAUUCUCAGCCCAUGACAUUGCAGUACAGCUGACGGCCUCACAACGAUGCUCCGAUAGCUACGAAGUUUUUUCAAAUGUAUAUUUACAUGCAGGAUGUGAGCAGGCAUUCAGUCCUCGGGAACAAGAGACAUUUCCAGUUUUUGUAAAGGGAUCCCAAAAGAAGAGAUCCAACUUCUUGGUGAAUAAUCCUGUUUCAUAGCAACUGUUGAGUUUUUUAUGCUUUUAUUUGAGGAGGCAUUGGCUUGUGCUCGUGGGGAGCUUGAACCUUGUGUUGCGGACUUGUCUGGUUAAUAAGAAAGGUGCUGCAAAUAGAAAUAGUCUAGAAGCACUUAAGAGAACAAUGUUCUGAUGCUCUAUCCCUUUGAAGGACCUUUGGUUUUAUCUGCGUGCCCUAAACUUUUGCUUCAUUUGUUUGUGUGGAACCUGGUCAGCUGCAGAGCAUCUCCCUGGUGCCCUGACUCGGACGACCUUCAAGGGCAGCUGAGAACAGGCACUGCUUUAUUACAGUCCUUGCUUUUCACACAGGUGCCCCAUGUGCUUCCCAAACCACAGUUCAUUCCAGCUCUGGCUGUGAGCACUAAUCUGUCCCAGAAGUGUGUAUUGUUUCAAUGUCAAUGUUGAAACAUGUGCUAGAGUACUUCUUUCUUUU